CUGAGGGCAGCAGUAUACCAGUUGUACUUCAGGAAAAGGGUCUGGUUUGGUUUGGAUCAGGUUUGGACCGAGUGUGUGAAGAAUACCGGGCUGAAAUGACACUGCCUUCGAUCUAAACACGACCUAACAGCUGGAAAUAUAAGGAACUCUCCUCGUGGCCUCGGUUCCUGUCAGCACCACCAUGUCGUGCCGGGACAUCCACGCCACCAACGCUUUUGCCUUCCUCGUUGCCUUUGUGUCUGUGGGAGGGAUUGCUGUGGCAGCAUUGAUCCCACAGUGGCGCAUAACGAGACUCGUCACUUUCAAUCGAAAUGCCAAGAAUAUCAGCGUGUAUGAUGGGCUGUGGGCUAAAUGUGUAAAACAGGACGGCUAUUCCGGAUGUUACUACUAUGAUUCAGAGUGGUACUCUAAAGUGGACCAGCUGGAUCUGCGGCUUCUGCAGUUCUGUCUGCCUACAGGCCUGCUGUUCGGCUCUCUAGCCUUACUGCUGUGCAUGGCAGGAAUGUGUAAGACCUGCUGCUGCUCAGACAAGCCUGAACCGGACAUUAAGACCAUCAGAUUCCUGGUCAACAAUGCAGGCUGUCACCUGGUGGCAGGGACGUUCUUGUUCCUAGGCGGAGCUAUCGCCAUCGCACCCUCAGUGUGGUUCCUGUUCCGCACCAAGGAAAUGAACAUCAGAUAUGAUAACAUUUUCUCUGAUGGCUUUGCUGUGUAUGUAUCUAUAGGCUGCUCUGGAGGACUUAUGCUGGCCGCCCUGCUGAUGUUCAUGUGGUACUGCAUGUGUAAGAAGUUGCCUUCACCUUUCUGGUUGCCACUACCCUCCAUGCCUACCUCUCUGUCCACUCAGCCUCUCACUGCCAACGGAUAUCCUCCUUCCCCAGUUUAUGGUCCUCAGCCCUUCCCACCACAGCCCUUCCCUCCCACAGUUAUCGACGCCCAGCCGUAUGUGACCUCUCAGGGCUACGCGCAAAGUGUGAUCGCCCCUGCACCAACACAGAUGUACAUGACUCAGAUUUCUGCUCCAGAUGGGUAUGGUUCAGAGGUGGGAGGGACCCAGGCCUACAGCUACGCUCCCUCACAGAGUUAUGCUCCUUCGCAGAGCUACGCUCCAUCUCAGGGCUACGCUCCAUCUCAGGGCUACGCAUCCACCUACGCAGGCCACCGCUACUCCUCCCGCUCACGGAUGUCUGCCAUAGAGAUCGACAUCCCCGUGCUGACACAGGGACAGUAAGAGAAAAGCUGCUGCUAACGUCAGCACAUUAAAAGCUUCUGUCCAUGAGUGUCCAUGAAGAUCACCACUGAUGAAACUAGUAGAGUAUAAUAGAUGAAAGUUAAUAAUAUGAGAGCUAUUUACAGCCCCUAGAGUCAGUCAGUCAGUAAAUUGCUGAUUGUAGAAGAUGAAACCCAGUUAAAAGAAUCCUGGGAUUAUGAAGGAUGAGCUUUUCUUAAAAAUGAAGAUAUCACUGGUGUAAACACUGUAUUCAGCUUAGUAUUGUAGAAAGGAAAGAAUGGAUUGCCUGCCAAUACCUGAAAGACAUUUCAACCAACUAGCCUUUUUCACUGUUUUACCAGCAGAGAAUGACCACAAACGAUGGCGCCUAACUUGCUGAUGUGGCCAAUGGACCAAUGUACUAGAUACAAGCAAAUUGUUACUAGCAUUUAGUAUGUAGCUGAAUAUAAAUUACCACUCUUGCUUUUAGAUUAAAGAAGCCCUGAUGCUGGCUGCCAAAAAGCUACUGACAGCUUGUCAGUUAUUCUGUUACCUUUGUUUAUGUUGGACAUGUAUUUAUACUCAAAUGAUUUGUCACUUUUGUCUGUGUAAAGCCUUCAGUAUAGAAGUCUAAUGUUAUCACUACUGUACAUUACUUAGAAUUCUGUGGUUCUGAAUGAACAACUAACUGACUCACCUGUUAAUAUCUUUUGUGUUUGUUCUGUAACAUGAAUUGUUUAUGUCACUCCUGUGAGGAGCGGCUGUUGAAGUUUUUAAUGCACUAAUUGUGUGAAUACUGUGCCAGUUUACAUUGCCUUUGUUUUAGCCUUGAGUAUUUUCUAACAUAUUACUUAAUCAUUUAUUGCAACAUACUUUUCCGAAGUGUUAACGUCUAAAUAACUAUGGCACUAAGAAAUGUAUCACUACAUUUUAAUUAUGAACAGUAAUCUUAAAACAACACUAACAGGAAUGAGAGUGCUGUUCAUCAACAUGUCCGCUGAUAAUUAAAACUUUUGCCAACUUAGCUGGAAGUGUAUUGCUGGUCGGUGGUGGGAGCCAGUUUUACUUUACAGUUUGAACCUUUUGCAUAACGAGCACUGAUCGACAAUUCUUUGAAGUCUAAUGCAUUCAUCUUAUUCAACAAUGUUGAGGUCAAAUGUUUUUCUACACUGUAAUCUUUUGUUUUUAUUAAAACAUAAAUCCAAGUAUAUAUGUGUGUGUGCCUGUUUAUGUGCCGGGGUAACAACAAUAAAUAAAUAGACACACAAUAGAUCUUCUUGUACUGGAAUAACUCAUGUGAGUAAGUUGUCCAUCCUCACUCAUCUGGCAAAGACUCAGACUCAUGACUAAGAGGAGAAACAG